AUGGAGCAAAUUGGAAAUCAAAGUGAUAACAGAAGAACAUUUUCUUUCCUAGGCUACUCCAUCUUCACUGAGCCGCAUGUUUUGUUUUUUAUCCUAUUUCUUGCUAUAUACAUCACUACUUUGUUUGGCAAUGGACUUAUCCUGACCACCACAUGGCUGGAUGUUGGCCUUCAAACUCCUAUGUACUUUUUCAUCAGGCAUCUGUCAUUCCUCGAUAUUUGUUACAUAUCUGUUACAUUACCCCACUUGCUUAAGAAUCUAUUAAAUGACACAAAAACUAUUUCCAUUCAGGGUUGCCUGACCCAACUUUACUUUCUUGUGGCUUUUGUAGGAGUUGAGUGUCUUCUCUUGACUACUAUGGCCUAUGAUCGAUACAUCGCCAUAUGUUAUCCCCUCAACUAUGAGGUUGUCAUGAAUAGUAGAGUGUGUAAUAGGAUAGCAGUGGCUUCCUGGGCUUGUGGUUUUCUCAAUUCAAUCUUACACACUGUCAUGACAGCCCAGCUCCCCUUCUGUGUUUCUCACAGUCUUGAACAUAUUUUUUGCGAUGUCCCACAGCUCCUCAAAUUGUCUUGCGUGGACACCUUCCCUAAUCAAAUGACACUGCUGGCAGUGACCAUGAUCCUUGGCAUCAUUCCCUUUCUUUUCAUCCUAAUUUCUUAUGCCCACAUCGUAAUGGCAGUCUUAAAGAUCCGCUCCACCCAAGGACGUCACAAGGUCUUCUCCACCUGUACUUCACACAUCAUUGUAGUCACCCUGUUUUAUGCCACUUGUGCUUUCAAUUAUAACAGGCCCAGCAGCAGCCACUCUUUCUUUAUGGAUAUUUUGGCCUCACUGCUCUUCAAUGUGAUAACCCCAAUGUUGAACCCUAUUAUAUAUUGUCUGAGAAACAAAGAAAUGAAAAAAGCCAUGAGAAGGGUAUUCAGAUUCAAAGGAACCUCUUUCAUCAAGGUUCAGUUAUUUGCUGGAUUCUAA